GGGAAUUAAAAUGGAAGAAUUUAAAGAGGGAAGAAGUGAGAGGGAGUAUGAAGGACAGGUGUAUUUAGUGAGGCAUGCGAAGUCGUUGUAUAAUGAGAAGAAGAGAGUACUUGAGGAGAAGGGGGGUUCUGAAGAGGUUAUUAGGAAUACAGCGAUAGAUUUGACAAUGAAGGAUUGAGGGUUGUCUGAAGCAGGUUUAGAAGAGAUUAAAUAGUUUAAAAAAAGAGGUGAAUGCUCUGGAUAUUGGGAUUGUGUUGAUUUCACCAAUGAGACGCUCCUUUGAAACAGCUUAUAACUUAUUAAAAAGUCACCCAAAUUUAUCAAAAAUUGUGUUUAAAGUUACCCCGGAAAUCCGAGGAGGAAUGAGAGCAACUUCAGGGCUAGUAACAGAUAUAUCUAAAAUAAUCGAUGACUAUAAAGAAAAGCUUCCUAAACUUGAUAUUAGUAGAAUUGCAAAUGAAGACGAAAAACCUCUUAAUUUGCUUCAAAAAUUUAUUCCUCAGUACAAAGUUUUCAAAGAUGAAAAUAUUACAGAGAAAACCGAUGAAGAGAUUAUCAAGAUGGUCCAAGAAGUAAUUUUAAAAAUUUAUCCUAAAACACUCGAAACUAAAGAAGAAAUCUGAAAUAGAGUGAAUAAAGCAAAAUCUAUCGUAAAAGGUCAUCUCAAGACUUUAUCAUCUCAGAAUAUUGAAUCGCCUCAAAAACUGCUGAUCAUCAGCCACAGUGCGUUCAUCAAAGGAUACCUCGAUAUCACAAAAACAGGCACAAAAAGAUCAGUUCCUAAUUCCAAAGUACUAAAAGAUAUUACAGACUACUCCACUAUAGAGUAGCCUCUUCAUCC